AUGGCUCUCGUGCUCUCAUCUGUUUACUUCUUUCUCUCACUCUACAAGUUUUUCGCAUCCGUUCCAUCUAUGCAACCAGGUAGGCCGACAGCAUUCAAGGACAUUUUACAAGCCGGAAAAAUCAUGCCUACUCUUUCACUUUUCAUCCGAGAUAAUUCCUUCUGUUUUUUUUUCGCUUUCAGCCUACACCUCAUCAGCAUGGUCUUUAUCGUGGGUCUUGCGGACCGUGCACUCCAGGACAUGGGCACCGCGUGGCUAAUGGCAGGCUACGCUGUCGUGGCAUCCCGGUUGAUGUUGAACAUGCGGACUCUCCCAGUUGAUGUGGGCGGGUCUUUCGAGCUUAACUCAAGAUUUCAAUCGAGAAGCGCUAUGAGGUUCGCUGAUGCCAAUACUCAAGGGACGGGUUACUCCGAUCACGACUAA